AUGGCCUCUCUCUACAAUAUUGACACAGUCGCAAUUAGGCAACAACAGGUGAUACUCACCUCUGUCGACGACUGGAUCCUUUGGCUUAAGAUCUGCAUGCUUACGGCCAAGAAGCUUGGUAUUAAGGACUAUGUUGACCCUAAGAAGGAUAGAUCAGAUCUGCUCAAAGUCGUCCACACUCCUCUGCCAGCAUGUGGUGGACGUGGUGGACGCGGUUGUGGCCGCGGACAAGGUGGUCGAACGAAUGGACAACGCCCAACUCCCACAUGCCUUUGUGGUGAGAAACACUGGUAUAGUGAUUGCUUCUAUAUUAACAAAGAGGCAAAGUCUCAACUAUCUACCUUCUAA